AAAUGACCCGGGCACAACUCGCUGGAGUCCGUAGGGAAACCAUGAAGCGACCUUAAGUGUGUGUGAGGCUCGGUUCUCUCUUUUUAUUUGGGACAAGAGGAAAGGAGGAGAAGUGGAGACGCUCCGUGCGCAGGAGCUUCUGUUGUUGCCAGUUUCUCCGAGAGGAAAAAGGACGCGUUCCGCAGAGAAAAGAGCCGGAGACGAAGUUUGUGCAGGAUGCAGGGGGUUUCAGCUACUGACCUCCCUGCCUCCGCCCUGCAGUACCAGUGUGGAUCCGUGGACUACCUGUGUUCUCCACAGCUGGUUAAGAAAGGUCCGACCCCCAGACCAUGUCACGACAGGCCCGCCAUCAAACCUCGGCCCCAACCAUCCUCCUCACCCAGACCGCAGACCGCACAGAAACCUCAAGUGCCCCCUAAACCUGCGCACCUGCUCGCCCUCGGGCAAGACAAGAAACCUAAGAGCAUCCCCCCGGCGCCCUCCAGGCCUUUGCCAGCACCCCCUCCUCCACCGAAGCCAAAGCCGAUUCUGCCCCCUCCUGUCCCGGGAGCACAGCCGCAGAAGGUGGGGCUGCUCAUCGAGAGGUUUGAGAAUUCAAGGGUCCCAAUCCUGGGGGUGCUCCCACGCUCCCAGCUGCACCUGUGCCUGAGAAUGGACGCCGCGAACGACAUCAACUCCUCCUGCGGCCAGGACACGGCGGCGAAGGCUGCGAGGGACUCCUCCGCUGUGGACAAACUUGCACUUGGCAACUCGGAACUAGCUCCGGAGGUGUCUGAACUCUCCCGCCUGGCCUCCGUGCACAUCGACGGCUCCGACGAGGCCGCGCUGGACGAGUGCGCCGAGGUGGACCUCACGCACGGCAUCCUGGACAAUCCGGACUCCUCGGAGCAGAACGGGAAGAUUCCCAACCGGGACAGCGGCAUCGACAGCCCGUCGUGCGCCGCGGACGGGGAGGCGUUCCCCAACGAGGACGCCAUCGACGAGGAGGACCACUACGACAGCGUCACGGAGACGGAGAGCGUGUCCUGCUGCGUCACCCUGGGCAACAAGCGUGACUCCACGCAGGAUGAGGACAGUGACUUGGACGAGGGGAGCAGCGGGGACAUGCACCCUCUGACAGACACACAAACUGGAUACACGGCAGACACAACGUCGUCAGAGGCGCACAAAUGCUCAGAGGCUCAGAGACUCCUGAACAUCGCCAAUGAGCUGCUCCACACCGAAGAGGCCUACGUCAAGAGACUCAACCUCCUCGACCAGGUAUUUUGCACUAAGCUCACAGAGGCUGGGAUCCCUCAGGACGUCAUUACAGGGAUCUUCUCCAACAUCUCCUCCAUCUACUGCUUCCAUGACAAGUUCCUGCUGCCCGAGCUCAAGACGCGGAUCACAGGAGAGUGGGACUCGAACCCUCGUAUUGGAGACAUCCUCCAGAAGCUGGCUCCGUUUAUGAAGAUGUAUGGAGAGUAUGUGAAGAACUUUGACCGAGCCAUGGACCUGGUUAACACCUGGUUGCAGCGCUCUUCACAAUUCAAGAGUGUUGUCCAGAAUAUACAGAAACAGGAUGUGUGUGGGAACCUGACGCUGCAGCACCACAUGCUGGAACCAGUCCAGAGGAUUCCUCGCUACGAGCUGCUGCUCAAAGACUACCUGAAAAAACUGCCCGAAGACGCCCUCGACCGGAAGGACGCAGAGAAGGCGGUGGAGCUGAUCUCUACUGCAGCGAACCACUCCAAUGCAGCCAUCAGGAAAAUGGAGAAGAUGAACAAGCUCCUGGAGGUCUACGAGCGGCUCGGGGGGGAGGAGGACAUCGUGAACCCCGCCAACGAGCUCAUCAAAGAAGGACAUAUCAAGAAGAUGUCGGCCAAAAACGGAACGGCACAAGACCGAUACCUCUAUUUGUUCAACAACAUGGUGCUGUACUGCGUGCCUAAACUGCGACUGAUGGGACAGAAGUUCAGUGUCAGGGAGAGGAUUGACAUCGCCGGCAUGGAGGUUCAGGAGAACAUGAAGCAGAACCUUCCUCACACCUUCGCCAUCAUCGGCAAGCAGCGCUCACUGGAGCUGCAGGCCAGGACAGCUGAAGAGAAGGAAGAUUGGAUUCAGGUGAUCCUGGCCACGAUCGAGAGGCACAAGCAGAACAGUGAGACGUUCAACAAAGCUUUCAACAGCUCCUUCUCCCGAGAGGACGACCACCUCCCUGACUCACCGGGUCCCUGGUGCAACCAAUCCAUGGACUCGGACAGUGAGAGACUGCACGAGAGGAAGAGUUCCAGGAAAAAGGACAAAGAGAAGCAAACAUGCAAAGGCUGCAACGAGAGCUUCAAUUUCACCAAGCGCAAACACCACUGCAAGUCCUGCGGAGCGGCCAUCUGUGCAAAGUGCUCAAAGACCCUGGACAACAAAACGAGCCGAGUGUGCCCGGAGUGUUUCGAAGCCAGCCUCAGUCUGGAGAACCUCGGCGUCAGUGAGCAGAAGAGGAAAGCGGCGCCUGAGAGACAGUCAUCUCUAACGGGGGAGAGCUGUUUAAUGUGCGGCCAGCUCCAAGUGCAGGAGAAGGGGAAGAGCUGGAACAAGGUGUGGGUGGCUGUCACCAAGGCUGAGCCACUGGUGCUGUACUUGCAGAGCAGUGGGCAGGACUCUAAAGGAGCGCGGCCGGUGCCUCUCCCUGGGUUCGAGGUGAGCGCGUCGCCGCCAUCGGCAGCAGAGAAGUCGGAGGGGAAACACGCGAUCCGGCUCACUCACACGCAGCAGACUUUGCUCCUAAGUGCCCAAGAUGCAGAAGUUCAGGCCAAGUGGAUCGAGGUCCUCUCCAGAGCUGCACGCGGAGAAGCGCCAACGGAUUCGUCCACCAGCCUGACGGAACACAGGAAGAGCCAGUAGUGGCCGAAAGGAGCCAAAGGACUCGUGCCCACUCCUUCCCUCCUCCCUCCCUCUCCUGUGUAUAGAGCACACAUUACUUGAAUUCACUUUACCUUGGCACUUUUUUUUUUUGUUUUGUUUUUGUUUUGUAUUUGUUUUGAAAGGACCACUCGAUCCUUCCCAUGCCACUUCAAUCUUACUUUCAUCAUCACACGGCUACUUCUUCCUCUCUUUCCAUCUUUCCCGCCCGUCUUGGACAAACAAACGAAUAGAAGGACUGUGUUAUGGUGCCGCCGACACCACUGUAUGCACACGUACGUGUCGUUAGGAUAUUUUAUUCCUCUCUGUGUUUUCAGCAGCCGGAGAGGAACUCUGAAGGAGUCAUGUUUUAUUUGUAAUAUAGCUGAAUAAGGUUCCUGUAUGAUUUUUUUUAAUUAAUAAUGAAGUUCCUUGUACAUGAUGCGACUGUGUUGUGAAGCAUUAACUCUUCCAUUUGUGUGUGUGUGUGUGUGUGUGUGCAUGUCUGUGUGUGUGUGUGUGUGUGUGUGUGUGUGUGUUUGAGUGUGUGUGUGUGUUUGAGUGUGAGCCCACUCCCAUCUUUAUUAAGUAUUGAAUGUUAGUGUAAGAAACCUGCAGCACCUCUCUGUCUCCCUCAGUCAGUGUGCGGACACAGUGGCAGCUCAGUGGGUAUUGUACAGUGUGUAAACUAUAGUGUGAUGCAAGGAAACAAAGAAAAGAAAAGACAUUUUAACUUAAAAAAUAACGUUGAUGGAUGAACAGAUGUGUAAACUUGUGGCUGGCCACCUGAUGCUCCCACUGUCUGCUCCCAUCUGACAGACUCUCGCCUUAUGCUCUCCUGUCCUUCCACCUGAGUCCCAUCGGCCGCGUCUCCUGCUCGCGUCUCCUGGGACUCGUCAUGAAUGGGAUCGAAUCUGAGCCCGGUUCAGAAAAUACAUCAGUAAAAUAAACCCUCUCCAUGUACUUCUCUCUUUCUCGCAGCAUAGAAUCAGAUUGUCUGCUUCUCCCCCCCCCCCCCCCCCCCCCCGUCAGUGAUGUGAUGGAAACCAAGUACUGUACUGUAAAGCUGUUUAAUCUGCCUUGCCCCCCCCUCCUCUCAGCAACAGCCUUUAAGCAAAAGUAGCAAAAAAAAACUUGUCAUUGGAUCUUUGUGCAUGUAAAAUCACUCAUAUUUAUGUGCCGUGCUUUGAAAUAUCGCCCCCCCCCUCCCCCUACCCCCUUUUUUAAUGCUCCAGAAUUCAUUCUUGUCGUACUGUAAGUGAGCAGCGUCUGCAUUGAGUGUUUUUGAACAUGGAUUGUGCACAGUGGAAAAGCAGUCAAGCAUAUCAUCAAUAAACCGAUGUUGUGGUUCAUUCAGUACCACGCUGUCCGA